ACACUGGUGGCGCAUUACUGUGCUGCGAUGGGUGUUUUCACGCGUCACCAGUGGGCGCUUCUUCCUGCACACAAAGAGAGCAGAGCCCCGGGAUGCGCACAAUGUGAGUCUCCGCUCAGAGGCACCGCUGUCCUCUCUGCUUCGUGGCAGCGCUUUGUGGAGUGUAAUACGAGGAGGUCGAGGAUCAUCCCGGUGUAGCGCGUAUCAUCCUCAGCCAGCAAACUCACAUUGUGGAAUUAACCGAGGUAGAGGAUAUUGUUAGUCCCGACCUUAAAGAUCGAGAGACGCACUUAGACGGAGCAGAAUUAAGUGCAGAGCGCAAACACUGCUGGAGCAGAGAACAACCUCUUCUUUGGCUUCCGAGAGGACAAGAGUUGCUGUGAGACCUCACUAGAGCCAGAAAAAAACACAGCAAACGGAUACUGGAAUUACAAUCAAAGCAGUUUAAUGAAGAGGAACAUUUUGCAUCCUAGAUCAAAUUAAAAUUCUUGUAUUCAAGGGAGAGCAUUCCAUUCACAAGCAAUUGGAUGAGAGUCUUAUUAGCCCUCGGCAACUAAAGAUGAUGUUACCAUGGAAACAAAUUGUUCUGCUAUCAAUCACUGGAUGCCUUGCAGCCUGUACAGAGGAUGUCAUAUUUCAAGGGCCAAGAUGGAGGACGGAGCCAAGUGACCUCAUUUUACCGAUCAACUCCCCAGACCAGCAGGCUACCAUCACGUGCGAGGCAGAAGGGAGCCCUCCUCUGCAGUACAGAUGGUCACUAAACGGAACACUCAUUGAUCUGGGGAAUGACUACCGGCGUCACAUGUCUGGGGGCAGCCUGAUCAUUAGCAACCUGGACAAGGACCAAGACACUGGGGUAUACCAGUGCACAGCCUUCAACACGUGGGGGUCGAUCCUCAGCCGCAGAACUAGCCUGCAAUUUGCAUAUCUUGAUAACUUCAAAACUCAAACGGCGAGGAGUGCUGUCAACGUCCGUGAAGGUCAAGGAGUGGUUCUGCUAUGUGGUCCACCUGCACAUUCUGGAGAGCUGACAUUUGCGUGGAUCUUCAAUGAAUACCCGUACUUCGUCCAACAAGACAGUCGUCGAUUCAUCUCUCAAGAGACCGGUAGUCUGUACAUCGCAAAAGUGGAGCCCUCAGAUGUUGGCAACUACACCUGUGUGGUUAACAACACUGUCACCAGGGAGAAGGUGCUCAGCUCACCUACACCACUGGUCCUCAGAAGUGACGGAGUAAUGGGUGAAUAUGAACCCAAAAUAGAAGUUCAUUUCCCUGAUUCAGUUCCAGCUGCGAAGGAAUCGGUGGUGAAACUGGAAUGCUUCGCUCUGGGAAACCCUGUCCCAGAAAUAAGCUGGAGGAGAACCAGCGGCAUCCCUUUCCCUAGCAAAGUCAAAAUGAAGAAUUCAAACGCCGUCCUUGAAAUCUCCAAUUUCCAGCAGGAAGACGCGGGGAUGUACGAAUGUAUGGCAGAGAAUCGGCGAGGCAAAAAUGCAGCACGGGGUCGUAUUUCAUUCCAUGCUAAACCUCAUUGGCUCCAGAUAAUGACGGACACAGCUCUGUCCAUCGAGGAAAACCUCUUCUGGGAGUGUAAGGCCAAUGGAAAGCCUAAACCAUCCUACAACUGGCUGAAGAAUGGGGAGCAAGUGAUGGCUGAGGGCCGGGUACAAAUCGAAAAUGGGGCCCUUUCUAUAGCUGAGUUAAACCUGUCAGAUUCCGGGAUGUACCAGUGUGUGGCUGAAAACAAACAUGGCAUUAUUUAUUCCAGUGCCCAACUAAUGGUGUUAGCUUCACCUCCCAGUUUCUCCAAAAGUCCAUUAAGGGCCUUGCUAAAAGCUCGCUCAGGCAGCGAAGUCACUCUUGAAUGCAAGCCUCAAGCCUCGCCCCCAGCAAUUAGCCUGUGGAAGAAAGGGAAUGAGAUCCUGCAGCGAACUGAAAGGAUUACUUUGCUUCCCAAUGGGACAUUAAAGAUUGCCAAUGUAACCAGAAGAGAUGCAGCCAGCUACACGUGUGUCGCUAAGAAUCAGUUUGGGACAGCAAGCACAACUGGGAGGCUUCUUAUCACUGAGCCCACCAGAAUCACCAUGAGGCCUACUAACAUGGAGAUUAUUGUUGGCGAGAGCAUCGUGUUACCCUGCCAGAUUGCCUGCGAUCCAGCUCUGGAUGUCUCUUUCUCGUGGGCAUUCAACGGCCAGCUCAUCGACUUCCAACGAGACAGCGAUCAUUUCGAAAGAGUGGGUGGGAGUAUAUCAGGGGAUCUGAUGAUUCGUAACAUCCAGCUGAACCAUGGAGGGAAAUAUGUCUGCGUUAUUGACACUGAUGUGGAGAGCCUGUCCACCUCUGCCAUCUUAGUUGUCAAAGGUCCGCCAGGUCCUCCGGACAAGGUAGCAGUGGAGGAGAUCACAGACAGCACGGCCCAGCUUUCCUGGACUCCUGGAAGGGAUAACGGCAGCCCCAUCACCGGCUACAUCCUUCAGGCCCGGACGCCUUUUACUGUGGGCUGGCAGGCUGUUGACACAGUGCCAGAGGUGGUCAGUGGCAAUAUGCUGACAGCCACAGUGGUGGGUCUGAACGCCUGGGUGGAGUACGAGUUCAGGGUGGUGGCCCGAAAUAUCGUAGGCCUGGGAGAGCCCAGCCCGGCCUCAGUCAAGACCAGGACAGAGGAUGCCAUUCCUGAUACAGCUCCCACUGAUGUCGGAGGUGGAGGCGGCACAAAGUCUGAAUUAGUGAUAACAUGGGAGCCUGUUCCUGAGGAACUGCAGAACGGAGAGGGCUUCGGCUACAUCAUCGCCUUCAGGCCUGUGGGCACAGUCACAUGGACGCGAGCGGUUAUCUCCACACCCGGUGUGGCACGUUACGUCUUCCGCAACGACACAAUUCCACCUUUUGCGCCUUUUGAUGUGAAAGUGGGGGCUUACAACAACCGAGGGGAGGGGCCCUUCAGCUCUAUUGCCACCGUGUACUCAGCAGAGGAAGUCCCCAGUGUGGCUCCUAAGAGGGUUAGGACUAGAGGUGUGUCUGCAGUGCAAAUUGAAGUGAUCUGGGAAGCUCUCCCUGCCAUCCCUGAAAGAGUGCUUGGAUAUGAGGUCGUGUACUGGGAAGACGACACCAAGCCUGACACUGUUGGCAAAGUACGCAUAUCUGGAAACUACACACUGGUUAACAUCACGGGGCUGAAAGCGAACACAGUGUACUACCUCUCUGUGGCUGCUUUCAAUACGGCUGGCCCCGGGCCACAGUCAGCACCCAUCAACACCACCACAAAGAAACCACCUCCAGAUCGGGCUCCACUCAACAUACAAUGGACCAUGAUUGGCUCCACACUCACUCUGCACUGGGAUCCUGUAGUAGCUAUGGAGACAGAGUCAAAGGUCAUUGGAUAUUUGGUGCUGCUGAAGAGACAUCGCUACAAUGACAUCAACACUAUCUUGACCAACAAAACCACUGUGGAGAUCAGCUUCUCCACCAAUGACAACUAUCUCAUUCAGAUCAAGGCCAUGAGUGAGGGCGGUGAAGGUGUGGGCAGUGAACCCAUCCACAUCCAUAAAUUAAGCAUGGGAGCACGGGGUUCAGGAGCAAUCCGCCUCAGCCCAUUGUACCUCUCUGCAGUCCUCAUCAGUGCACUGCUCUGCUCCGUCUGGUGAUGUCUAAUCAGAACCUACGGAGCGCCCUCCCUCCCCCUCCAUCCCUUCAGUCAGCCUGUCCUAUGUAAACCCUCCACUGGACUGGCACAAGGCCCGGGCUUCAGUGACAGGGCUGGGAAGACUAGAAAGGACUGGACUGCGCCGAACUCUUAAAGGGACCACGCCACUUUCUUUUAAAGGACCAUCAGAUAGAGACGUGAUGAUUUGUGUGCAUGAUAUGUUUCGGCAUUUUUUCCAGUGUCAUAAGUGCCACCGUGCUCUAGGUUUCAUUUUAGAAGUUAUGAUGUCUACAUGACUUAUCUUCUUAGUAUCUUUGGAGAUACUACUGCCUUAAAACCCAUUUUACACAUACAAUCCAUACCAAAGUAGGUGACAGAGCUUGCUUUAUGGUUUCUUUCACCCUAUAUAAAACAUAUUUGCAAAAAAAGAAUUUCACAAGAAUUUAUCUUCAAGGUCAACUUCUCAGCAGGUGAUUAGCCCAUAUUUAUUGGUUGUAUCAAUAUUUUAUUGUCUCAAAAAGGAUCUUAGAACAUCAAUAGAUCUUAGAACAUCAACUAAUAUCCACACUUAUCACAUUUUUUGCAGCUUUUGCCAAAAGCAACAUCCAUUGCAGGCUUUUACCAGGCUUUUGUAAAUGAAAGAUGCACAGCAAAUUGAUCAACUGUGCCUCAAACCCACUUAUCUCUGCGUAAUUAAAUAAUAUUAGGUCUGUCUGAGAGCCACAGGCUCCUGAGCUUAAGGCCCUCCCCGCAAUACUGUGAUAGAUCCUGGCAUUUUGCUCUCUAUCUCAUGCUCCUCUAAAUAAUAAAUGCCUAUCACACUCUGCAUUCUCAGUCUAGCGAAAAAGCUGGGAUUGCAGAGAAUAGAGACGUGUGGUGUUACUAAGUCAAGCAGAUCCCUUGUGUACUGUUCCUUCUCUACAUUUAGACGACCCGUGUUCUAGAUACGUAUAUCAUAUCACAGAACAUGUACCAUCUACACCCCAGAUGACCAACUGGCCCAGUGCACAAUGGACUACAGGAUAACAGUGCCUUCACUAGAGCUCAUUCAUAUUUUUUUUCCUUUCUUUCCUUUUCAAUAGCUUAGGAGAAGGAUUCAUUUUGCAGAAGAGGCAUUGUUUGCUUUUCUUUCCGAAGAAAUUAGUUAGAAAGGACAGGAAACUCAGAAUGUAGAGGGAGCCCAUUAUUGGAAAUGGUAUGUUGAUUAAAUUUUCAUUGAGACUAGUACACCAGAGCACCUAAAACAAAAAGGGUUUGAGGCUUUUGGAAAACCGCAAUAGAUUGAGAUAUAUGGCGGAGAUUUUGGUCCCAGUAUUUAUGGUCUGUGGUAUAAUAAAUGUAUGACUCCAUCCGUGGCAUAAUUUAUGGGCUAUUAAGGCAUCAGAAUAAUUGAUUUCCAUACCACAGUGAAAGAGCCCUGACUGGAAAUGGAGCGAAAGGCAUGGCUGUCAUUUUACCCCCACCCUAUCACCGUCUGUUGGACACACACCAGACUGAAAGUAACAAAAGAACAUUGCUACUGUGCUGAGGGAGCUACUUUUCACGCCCUUUUAUCAUGUGGAUGAGUCUGUCAAAAGCCACCCAAGUAAGAGCCGGUGUGUGAUUACUCGGGUCCUGACAGUGUUCGUGUGGAUGUGGAAGGAUACAGUCAACUGAACUGCUACACAUUACUGUGCCUUUGCCGAACAUGGGGCUGUGUAGAUCAUUAGCUCGGAGGCGGUCGUCGUCUGUAUUUUUGCACUCUCUAUACACCCACCCCCCCAAAGUCGAAUGAAAGCACAAGGAAUUGAUGCAAGGUGACUGGAUGUCCUCACUUAGCCGUCUGAACAGGUGUGCAGACCCCAGAGGCCUCGUAAAAAGUCCAAACGGCCGACAUAAUCAGGCUGUCCUAUCUGCUCCUUGACUGGUUUUAUAAAGCUCUGUGCUCGUUGAUUAGACUGCUGCAGACCAGUCAAUGGGAUAUUGAUUUUCCUGCCCCAUUAUUACAGCUGUCACAAUCAGCCGCUUGAUUGACUGAUGCUGCUUUCUUAUUGCACUCGUUCUGUUGUGUUACAGUCAAUGUUUCAGAUGUCCUCCACUACUUUACUCCCUAUCAGACAACUUCAAAUGCAUUCUUUUUCUGUUGUGUUUUGUUUGCUUUUACUAGAAAUCUCACUGUAUUUUCUCAAUUUUUCACAUAUUUUACAAGUAUUUUGUGGUGUAGUGGUAGAUUGUGACUUUGAAUUGGAGCAGUGACCUGAAAUAAAUUGGCUGGUUGAUUCUUUUGAGUUACAUGUCGAACACAACCACUGUUGGGCUGUCGUGCUCCAUCAGUAGUACUACUGUAUUUUUCUUUCCAACAGCAUAAAAGCCCAGUCACACCAGCAUUUAAAAUGGUAAAAUUUCAUGGCAAAAUCAGUUCAUUUAAAUAAAAUUGCUGAGAUUAGUGGAUUCACUUGUGGGGCAAAUUAAAUCACUAAUAUUUUUUGCUUGGAUUUUGGUGAACUUUUUUGUGCAAACCGUCUUGACAUCGCUUAUGUUUGAGGGAACCAGAGAAUCUAAAAUGGAGGAAGGUAACGUAGCUUAUUUGCUGUGUUGCACCAUCCAUUUCAAUUUACCCUUCCUCUGUUGGGGUUUAACCUGCUCCACAAAAGAGGCAUGGUUUUUAGACAAGUUAUGAGACCGGUUUUGAUGGAUGAAACUGCGUGAACUUAAUGUCUUGUUAUUUACCAAGCUAAUAGGCUUGCUAACUGACAGUGAGCAAGCUAGCUAGGAGAGUUUUUAAAAAAUUAUGUACAAUCCUGUGAACAAAAAGACUGACUAGCACUAGCAUGUUCUCAGCUGUCUAGCGUGUUUAGGCGUUAGCUCGACAGCUACAGUAGUUCACAAACUAGCCCUGCGAGUAUUUACUAUGUCACCAAGCCUCUAGCAACGCCUAUUUCACAAAGAAGUGCGGAUGAAUAUGGCUGUGCCACUUUCUGGUGUGACCGGGCCUCAAAGCAGCUUGUGUGUGCAAAUACGUGAUCUAAGUGGUGUUAAAAUUUCUGUUAAUAUCCAAAUAAGGUAAUCUCAUAGGUUAUUAAUUUACAGUGCUUAAAUGUGUGGCAGUUUCUCUGAGCUUUAUUAUUUACAUUGUUGUAAUUCAGGCUAAUGUUUCUUACCUCUGCAGUGCUCAUGCUCACAUACAGUAAGAAUAGAAAACUAUUGUUUCUGGCCUUGUGCUUUAAUAAAUAUUACAAUUUACCAUCUAAAGGAAUUUAAGGGAGUGAUCAGAGCCACACGGAACAACAUAUCUAUUUAUAUCUACAAGGUCUGUUUGGUUAGAUUGGUUUCUGUGGUUGUUGCUAGAAAGGAGUGUACCUGGUGCAGUGUAAAUAGCUUGCAUAUAUUUUUUAAACAUGGCCAUCAAAGACAACCUUAUUGCUUUUAUAUAGUGUGUUCUCCGACCUUAAUACUGGUGUAUUAAUCAAUGAUCUCCAUGAGAUACUGACAUGUAGAAUGGUAUUUUCAUAUUGAAAAGUAACUGUUUUGUCUUGUAUACUAAAAUUGUGCAUGUUAAUCAUUGUUUGUGAAUUUGUGUUGGAUUUUUUUCUAAAACUAGAACUUAAUAAAAAUGUUUAUUCCA